AGCAUCUAACCAAAUUUUAAAUUCAUUUCCUUUCCUAUGCAUUCAUUCCAUAAAUUUAAGUUAUCCAAAAUAAUUAAAAAUAAACUAUAUAUACUAGUUGAUUUCCUAAGUAGAUUCCUCACAUUUCCUCUUUAUCAGCCAUUAGCUGCUCAAUGCCCCUUUUGCACAGGGUUUUUGUGAGCUUAAAAUGAAUAGCACUUCUUUGUUCAACAGAAUUUGUCCUAUAGGGAUCAUGUGUCAAGAGACUAAUAAUACUACAUGUGAAAAUGAAAAUUGUAGCGCAUAUAAUUAGGGAAUUAGAGAAUGCCUUAUUCCCAUUGGUGACUAUUCACUAGAAGUUAAAACUGUACUACUUGCAUGAGUAAAACAGUGACUAAUGCAAGUAAGGGAGUCACAGCUUGGCUGUGGAUCACCAAAGCAUUUGCAGAGAUUUUAAUACUCUAGUUUACACUGAAUAAUCUCACAUUAAAGUCAGUGAAACUAGUCAAGCUACUACAGUGCGCAUGAGGAAGAAACAUCUAAUAAUGUAUCCAUUUCUGUUACAUAGUUGAAGCCAACAGAUGACCUGUAACAGUAAGAAUUACAUCUGGGAGACCAUAUUUUCUGCUUUGGUUUAUUACCAUUAAUAUGAGGCAAUGAAAAUGAAAAGUGUUUAUUUCGUGGCUGGGCUCCUUUUAAUGACAGUUCAAGGCAGCUGGCAAAAUCCUCUUCAGGAUACAGAGGAGAAAACAAGAUCAUUCAAAGCUUCCCAGUCUGAACCAUUAGAUGAAUCCAGACAGCUGAAUGAAGUUAAACGUCACUCACAAGGCACAUUCACCAGUGAUUACAGCAAGUACUUGGACACUAGACGAGCUCAGGACUUUGUGCAAUGGUUAAUGAGCACUAAAAGAAAUGGCCAACAAGGACAGGAGGACAAAGAAAGUGACAAAUUCCCGGACCAGCUCUCAAGCAAUGCGAUCUCCAAGCGUCAUGCUGAAUUCGAGAGACAUGCUGAAGGCACCUACACCAGUGAUAUCACCUCUUAUUUGGAAGGUCAAGCUGCCAAAGAGUUCAUUGCUUGGUUAGUGAAUGGACGAGGAAGAAGAGAUUUCCCAGAAAAAGCUCUUGUGGCCGAAGAAAUGGGCCGAAGACAUGCAGAUGGCACUUUCACGAGUGAUAUCAACAAAGUCCUUGAUGACAUGGCUGCCAAAGAGUUCCUAAAAUGGCUGAUUAACACCAAAGUUACCCAAAGGGACCUUUUGGAGGAAUACCAGUAAAAACACAGAAUAAAAAUGGGAUAAAUGAAGAUCUUCAUUGCAUCAACUGCCAGUUAUUAAGAGAUUCUGAAAUCUGUAUUCUGUCAUUUACAUUGGGUGUAACAAAGCUAUGUCACCUUGCAUGCCAGGAAAUAAUUGUACUAUAGUUUAGUGUUGCCAGAGGUUUAUAAAUGGAAAACCUAUUGUCUAAGGGAUGGUUAUCUUAACAGCUUUAAGACUAUGAAAGUUCCAUAUCUUCACCUUUUUCAUUUAUUCGGACUGGAGUAACUCCAUUUAUAUUUAAUGAUAAAAUUAUUUUUCUAAAAAGUUGACUUCUACACACAAAAGAUUCAAUCACUAAUUGUAUGUGUUAUUUGUAAGGGGCUGGCAGUUACAAAUGCCUGAGAAGUGAAUAUCCCUCUUAAAACCUUUGUUAUAAAAAGGCUAAGCUUUAAGGAUAUUAAAUGAUAGCCUUAAAUAAAUUUUUUCAAGCUUC